UCGCUGCGGGUACUGUUCCGACAACCUCCUCGCCGUACAUGCUUCUCGCGUAAAUUUGCGAUUUUUCGAGGGUCUCGAAAGACACGAGUAUAAUUUUCUAAUCUCUCGUUAUCGUCUAUCGGUACAUGAUUCUCGAAUAUAUAUAAGAGAUGAGUCGAACGCGGUCAGCGGUCUACCCUCCGCGCAAUCCUCCUGCUCAAGCAUGCACCUCUGAUAACUUCGACGAUUUUUCAACCGCUCGUAAGAUACACGUCGUGCACAGUUGUUACACUGUACAGUCCAGAAGUGACUCACGUAUACUCAUGACGCAAAUCAUUCGGAGUUUCGGGAUAAAGCUGUCGUUAGGUGUCGUCGAAUUAAAUAUACGAAAUUAACAAUUAAAUUUCAAUGGCUCAUCAGCUGCCGAACUGUGUCUUCUGUAAAAUUAUUAGGAACGAGGCGCCCGGGGUGAAAAUUUACGAGGAUGACGAUGUCACGUGCAUUAAAGACAUUAAUCCAGUGUCCACGCAUCAUUAUUUGAUUAUACCGAAUAAACAUAUACGCAAUGCGAAGACGCUUCAGCCUGAAGAUUCUGAGCUUCUCGACAAGAUUAUUGCCACGGUAGACAUUAUCUCUGAAAAGAUGAAGCUCGAUCCUGCGUCUACACGAACUGGAUUUCACUGGCCGCCGUUUAAUACCGUCAAUCAUUUGCAUUUGCAUGUUAUUUCGCCAAUAGAGAAAUUGAACUUCAUAAGGAAGGCGAUGUUCAGUUCCACGUUUUUAACAGACUAUGUGAAAUCUCGCCUGGAAAAUUCUACUAAACUAUAAAAUAUUAUAAUUCUAUUUGUUACUUGUCUUUUUGCCAGCGAGAUGAAAAUCUAGUACAAUUUAUCAGUAGAAUACUUGGUGAGGUUAAAAAUAUUUAUUAUGGAAGAAUAUUUGUUAUGAGAAUUUUUUAUUCUUUAUUUAUUGAAUA